AUGGCUCUACAGAGUGUUUGUGGCUGGGAUCCCAACCUUUCAAAAGAGCUUAUGCCACGUAAUCUCUGCCCCUUUCCUGUUUUAAAAUUUGCAAACUCCCCUUAUAUUCUCCUUUCACGACAUGGUUUCUCGGACUCUACCAGGUAUCCAGAAGGGCCCCCACCUCCAGAACAUGGCACUACUACACUUGCCUUCAUCUAUUCAGGAGGGGUGGUGGCUGCCACUGAUACAAGAUCCUCUGCUGGACAUCUGGUCUGCAGCCCAGACAGCCGAAAAGCCACCCUCAUCCACAGUCACCUGUUAGCCAGUACCUCUGGAAGUGCAGCUGACUGUCAGCUCUUUGGACGUGCUUUAUCCAGAGAAUGUAGACUCUACCAGCUGCGGAAUGGGUACAUGCCUAGUGUUCGAGGAGCAGCUAAAAUGUUAAGUAUGAUGAUGAUGCCAUUCCGUGGCACAAAAAUUUGUGCUGCCGUUACCCUGUCUGGUUGGGACAGAAAUGGACCUUGCAUUUGCUACGUGUACAACGAUGGAACUCGUAUCAGCUCUAAUGUAAUUUCUGUAGGAUCAGGAUCCCCGUAUGCAUACAGCGUUAUAGAUGAUGGAUACAGAGUGGACAUGGAGGAAGAGGAGGCCCGUCAACUAGCUAGGAGGGCAGUUUGCCAUGCUGGAAGGAGAGAUGCCUACUCUGGUGGCUCAGUGGACGUGUAUUGGAUUAGAGAAGGUGGAUGUGAGCGGGACCCUAGGGAGGAUCUGGUACAGUUAUAUGAAAAACUGGUUCAAGAAGAGACAGAAAAAUGGGGUACAAAUGAAAUGGGAAAAAGCAAGAAGUAGACAUGUUUAGCUGCAGUUCAGAGGCACUUUAGUGUGCAUGUUUAUUGUUGCAGUUUUGUAAAUACUCAAACAGGUGCAUUUCAUCCAUUGUUCUGUUUAUGUGUCCUUGCCUUCUUUUCCCUGUGGGGAUGCUUAUAGGGCUGCUAUGUGCAUAAUCCACUCACUGCAUUUUUGAACCGUCUCUUCUUCUGCACACAGUCCUUCAGCCAUGCCCAUCUGUACCAUUCUUAGCGUAAUUCCUCCACAGCCAGACAUCUCACAUGACUUUUUUUCAUUUUAACACAACACAUUACAGUAGCCAUUAGCAGGCUGGCCCCAACUGUUUUUAAUGCUCAGCAUUUAUAUUUAAUGUGAUAAUUUUGCUGGAUGAUUAGAAUGGUAAAAUAACCAGGUUAUAAAAUGUGGCGUGUAACAGGAGUCACGCUGUAAUGUUAAUGGCUCUUUGUCUGUGGUAACGUCACAUUUACUGUACUGCAUUGUACUGUAUAUUUUACAUAAGCAUGUGGUACAGCAGUAUAUAGAUAUUCAUUGCUUUCUUUUACUAGGGAGCCUUGUUUAUCCGUUUGUUAUGCAGUCUUCUAUGUAAUGGGCAGCAUUCUAUAAAUAUAUGCAACAAGUAAUAAAAGCUUUAUUUUGCUCUAUGUUGCCUUGGA